AUGUCUCACCUAUUUUUGAUUCAUCUCCUUGGAUUGGGGUUGUUGCUGAGCCAACCUUCUAGAGCAUGGAUCCUGGACAUGUGGUUGGAUGAAGAGAUCAAGGUGUGUGGCCGUGAAUUUGCCCGCACAGUGAUAGACAUUUGUGGGAGGACCUCUCAUAGAAGAAUGGCUUUGAGCCAGGAGGAGCCACAUCUGGAGUCGGGGCCCUCGACAGAACCUAUGCCAUACUACAUCAACAAAGAUACUGAUCUCUUAAAUAUGAUGUUGGAAUUCAUUCCAAAUUUGCCACAGGAGCCAGAGGCAAUGCUGACAGAGAAGCCACCAUUAUUGCUAGAGCUACAGCAACAAUAUGCACCCACAUUAAAGGAUUCAAACCUCAGCUUUGAAGAAUUUAAGAAAAUUAUCCGUAACAUACAAAGUGAAGCAGAAGACAAAAGUCUUUCAGAACUAAAAUACUUUGGCUUGGAUAACCACUCCCGAAAAAAGAGACAAACUGAAAUGCUAUUGAGUAAGAAAUGUUGCCAAGAUGGUUGUACAAGAAGAUUAAUCACUAAGUUUUGCUGA